AUGUAUCACAGAUUCACUCCACACACAAUUGAAUCAGCUCACAAGAAUCUCCCUCUCCUCCAUUACUCGGCUGAACUUUCUUCCUUGCGGCGAGUCUCUGAACUGAACCACCCCUUCGAUGCCCCGCCCCGGACCCAUCGAUUCAUGAAUCGUCAAAUGGAGGCAGUGGCCGAAAACCCCGCUAGGUCGAGGGGGUUAAAGUACCCCCCAUCCAUAAACCCUAACAAACCGCAACCACCCCCGAUUCCCAAACCCAACCAAUUCCCCUCCCACAUCGACGCGCCCAACGUCUCCUCCACCGCGCGUGCACUCUGCGACAUCCUCACCCGCACCUCCCCUCAUGACAUCGAAACCGCCCUCUCCUCCUCGGGAAUCGUUCCGGAGGAGGACCUCGUCAACGAGGUCCUCAAACUCUCCUACAAUUACCCUUCCUCCGCCGUCAAGUUCUUCCGGUGGGCCGGGCGUGGCAAAAAGCACCCGGCCCACACCUGGAACUUGAUGGUCGACCUGCUGGGUAAAAACCAGCUUUUCGAGCCCAUGUGGGACGCCGUCAGGUCCAUGAAACAGGAAGAUAAGCUUUCUCUCUCCACCUUCGCCUCCGUCUUCCAGAGCUACUGCGCCGCCGGUAGAUUUAAUGAGGCCUUCAUGAGCUUCGACGUCAUGGAUAGGUACGGCGUCAAGCAGGACGUGGUCGCCCUUAACUCGCUCCUCAGCGCCAUUUGCACCGAGGACAACCAAACAUCCGCGGGCCUCGAGUUCCUCGAGAGGAUAAAGGGGAAGGUGUCGCCUGACGGCGACACCUUCGCCAUUCUUCUCGAAGGGUGGCAGAAGGAAGGCAAUGCUGCCAAAGCUAAGAUCACGUUUGGGGAUAUGGUGGCUCAAGUUGGCUGGGACAAGGACAAUGUUGCUGCCUACGACGCGUUUUUUAUGACCCUCUUUCACGCUGACCUCAUGGAUGAUGUUGUCAGGUUCCUUCAGGUUAUGAAGGACCAUGACUGCUUCCCAGGUUUGAAAUUCUUUACCAACGCGCUUGACGCUCUUGUCAAGCGAAACGACGCCCAUCACGCUGCCCCUAUGUGGGAUGUGAUGGUCAGUGGCGAGUUAGUGCCUAAUUUGAUCAUGUACAAUGCCAUGAUUGGGUUGCUCUGCAACAAUGCUGUUGUUGAUCACGCGUUUCGCUUGCUCGAUGAGAUGGCAUUCCAUGGUGCUUUUCCGGACUCCCUCACCUACAACAUGAUCUUUGAGUGCUUGGUGAAGAACAAGAAGGCACGCGAGACGGAGAGGUUCUUCGCCGAGAUGAUCAAGAAUGAGUGGCCACCCACGGGCUCUAACUGCGCUGCUGCCAUCGCAAUGUUGUUUGAUUGUGAUGACCCAGAAGCAGCACAUGAAAUUUGGAAUUAUGUUGUUGAGAAUCGUGUCAAGCCGCUUGACGAGAGUGCGAAUGCGAUGUUAGUUGGUCUUUGUAACAUGAGUAGAUUCUCAGAGGUGAAGAGGCUAGCAGAGGAUGUGCUUGAUCGAAGGAUCAAGGUGUAUGAAUCGACAAUGACGUUACUGAAGGAUGCCUUCUAUAGAGAAGGUAGAAGUUCAAGAGACAGAUAUGAUAGUCUUUAUAGGAAGUGGAAAGCUCAUGUCCAGUUGUAA